UGCGCCGAGGCAAGAUGGAAGAACACAGCAGCUGCGGGAGAACAAUGUUUUGGCUUUAGAUGUUGAAACUGGACGGCUGAGGGUGAACUUCACGGGCCAAAACGGCAGGUCAUGGUCCUGCACCGAAUGUCACUGAUUGCCAUCCUGUAGUCUUCAAGUCUACUGGCAUCCACCAUGAGCAUCAUUCAGGACAAACUAGGCAAUGAAUUCCUGCACUCCAACGGGAGCAUGGACUCCAAUUUCGGCCCAGGCAUGAUUAUGUUCAGCCAUCUCCCCCCGGUGACCAGCUUCACCCGGCUGGCUGCCCACUCUGUCAUGCAGGACCUUCCGCCUCAUGAAAUGAUCCUGAAGAAGGAGCGUGACUCACCUGACUGCAGCACGGGCACCCAUGGUGGCCGCAUGGGAUGUGUAGGGGUGGGAGACUAUGUUCACACCCUGGGCAUCAAGCAGGAGAAGCUGUCAGAGCAUGAUUACCGCCUGCCUGUGUACCCUGGAGGCCUCGGGAAGAGCACAGAACUACUGGAGGUGACAGUCAGUAACAACCAGAGCCUUCUGGCGCAUGACCUCAACAUGGGCAACCUGCCGAGUCAGUUAGUAAAGGAGCCCACUGGGAGAAAAGGUCGAAGGUCAAAUGGUGAUGGGCAGGAGGGUAAACCCAGAAAGAAAAGAAGCGAGGCGAAGCAAUCGAUGAUGCUGGAUGCUGAUGGAGGCAGCAUGUCCCCGGGAACCAAGCCCCACAUCUGUGAGCACUGCGCUGCAUCUUUUAGAAGCUCAUAUCACCUUCGCAGACACGUCCUCAUACACACAGGUGAAAGACCCUUCAGAUGCAGUCAGUGCAACAUGAGUUUCAUUCAGAAGUAUCUUCUCCAGCGCCACGAGAAAAUCCACAGUGGAGAGAAGCCAUUCAGCUGUGACCAGUGUAACAUGCGCUUCAUUCAGAAGUAUCACAUGGAGAGGCACAAGAGGACGCACAGUGGAGAAAAGCCGUACAGAUGUGAGACCUGCCAACAGUAUUUUUCAAGGACAGACCGACUGCUUAAGCACAAGCGAACCUGUGGAGAAGCAAUAAAGCAGGGGCUGGAUCCCGCCAUGAUGGACAUGGGUUGUGUAGACAUGGGACAUGGCAGCUAUGGAAUCACUCAGGGAAAUGCCGGGAAUACUGGGAGGAAGAGGGGAAAGUCCAAAAACUCUGGAGAGGGAGGGGAGCGCAAGAAGAAGAAGCAGCAGGGGGAUGGAGGAGGGCUGAGGGUACCGCACAUUCAAGGGGUGGUGUCUGGAGGCUACAGCAUCCACGAAUUCUCUCUGGAGAACCAAACGGUGUCUUCCUCUACCGAGCCAGGAGCCGUCAUGCAGCAGGGCCAUCACAGCAGAUCCCCAAAGAUGGCGUUCAAGAAGGCAAAUCGUAAAGGUUUAGACAAAGCAGGUAUGGGACAGGCCAAAGCAGGCUCACUGGAGCAGACUGUGGGCAUGGACAGUCUUGGUCUAAUGCAGGGUAACGGAGCUAAAGGAGGACCCACCAGCAGCAACUAUGACGACGCCAUGCAGUUCAUCAAGAAAAGACGUUACCUUCACGCAGCAAACAAUGCAAACUCAUCCGGGCAAGUGGGAGUCGGAGGAACCAGCAGCGAGUACGAAGUCAGUAUGGGACACUUGUCUUCCCAGCAGUCAGUCAUUCAGGGUGGGAUUGAUAGUGACCCUCCUCUUAGUCUGGAUAAAUCAGGGAUCCCAGAUGAGGUGCUCCAGAGCCUCCUUGAACACUACACCCAAAAAACCGACGGCUCCCACCACGAUAUUCACUUUGACAUCAGUGACCACCAUGUGGAUUUAAACCCCGUCUCAACUGAAGGCCCUGACAUCGGCCACAAUGCUGACAACUCCAGCCCUUCUGGAGACAAGAACGUCAUGAUGAACGAAUACUCUCGCUUCUUGCUGCAAGCUUUGGAGCGCACCAGCCACAGUGCCAGCUUCCCUCUGGGCCCCGGGACCCCAUCCUCAGGACCUUUCACAAGUUCCCACUCGGGGAAUCCCAUUUAUGUCGACAAAAACAUCUACACUACGUCUCCACUGGAGUGUGGGUUUGGCCAGUCAGCAGGCUCACCUUCGCUGCCCUCCUCUGUGCCAAAGUCUCACUUUGCGAUGCUGACGAGCUCCUCGCCACAGCACGGCUUCCACCUGAGCAGCCUGGAGGCCUCCACUCACCAGCAGCUCACCCCGUCUCAGGAGCUCAGCGACCAGAUGGAUAAGCACCACUCCUCGACGCCCCCUUCCUCCUAUCAGAUCAGUCCAUCAGACCUGAGCAGCCAGAAAGACCACCGGCCUGUCAAGAACGGCACGGUGGUCUACCAUUUAGCCCCCUCGCAGGAUCUGGCCUCUCUGGACUCCUCCAAGCCUUCCUACCAGAUAGAAAACUUUGCCCAGGCCUUUGGCCGAGGCGGCUUGUCUUACGGCACUGACUCUGGCGGGGAGGUGGAUCACAGGAUACGGACAUCUGUGUCUGAAUUCUCAGGGUAUACUAGUUUGUUAUCUGAUGUCAAUGAGCCAGUAAGUACAGGUUCCAAAACUGCAACAAGCCAAAGCUACAGAUGAGAGCCUGAGAGGGGGAGAACACUCUGUUGUUAUAGCUGAUGUUCUUGUUUAAUUUUUUUUAGCGCUCCUAUUUUAUUACUAUUAUAAUUAUUAUUAUUGUUAUUAUUA